UCAUAAAAAGUUAAGUUAAAGCAAAAUUAAAACACUGAUAAAAAUUGACCUGGAUAUCACGUGACCAUAACAAUAAUAAAAAAUCAGGGAAAAAGGGCUGAGACGACAAAAAAGUUGGUGAAUUUGUGCAUUUCAGUGUGUUUAAAACAUAAACGCUUCCCAAAGUAGCCUAACGUGUUCAAUUAAUGAUAAUUAAGAUAAAAUGUGAAGGCACUAAUUACAGUAAUGACGAGUAGCUGUGUGAUCAUGUGAUCAGCGGUCGGCGUGUGGUUGUUGAACGCUCAGGUCCCGAGGUGUUCACAGCAGGAUGUCUGGAGACACGCAGCACAGUAGAAGACGGCGCUCCCCCAAGAUGUUCAUGGUAGCGUCCGACUUCAAGGUGCAGGACCAUCUGGAAGGAACCAUUCGUCUGCAGCGGGGCCAGCUGUGUCAGCUACAGGAGGGAGGAGCGCACCGGAGCGGACGGGCGGAGCACCUCUGGGUGAAGGUCCUUGAUAACGACUGUGUGGUGAAGCUGGAGAGACAGGCUCUCAGCGAGGUCCCGGCCGACGUGGCCGCUCUCCUCGAACCCGUCCUGGACCUGGAGCUCCGCCUCAAGCUGCUGUCCAGACCCCAGGUCCUGCGGCGCAUGGCCGCGCUCGCGCUGGGGUCAGAGGUCAGGGUCGUCUGGAGCCGCAGCCAGCCGGAGCUGGCCGAGGCCGAGCUUCGUUACCGAGGGCCGCUGACGAGGGGAAGCUCCGCCGUUUAUUUCGGGGUUCAGCUCAAAGGCUGGGCGGCGGGCCGGGGGAAGUGUAACGGCAGCUAUAAGGGUCAUCAGCUGUUUGUGUGUCCGGAGGCCUGUGGUCUGUUUCUGCCGGUCAGUGAGCUGGUGCUCCCGCGCUCGUCCGGAGUCAGUGUCCUGUCCCGCGCCGCUGAGUCCGGCCCGCAGCCGCUCGCCCUCGGACAGAGAGUCUGCUUCACGCAGGACCAGAGCGUCCAGAGAGGGACCGUCCAGUUCUGUGGGCCCCUGGCCGGCCGGGCCCCGGCCCCGCUCUACGUCGGAGUCCUGCUGGAUCAUCCAGGAGGAUCAUGGGAUGGAUAUUAUAAAAACACCAAGCUGUGCUCCAUCCCUUCACCUGAGUUUGGAGCUUUGCUUCCUCUCUCUAAAGUGACCGCAGAAAGUAGAUCUGAGCGCUCUCCUCUGGCUGUGACGGGUCCUAAAGCACUCCCUAAGGUCCCUCUGCUGCCGGCCCCCAGUAAAGUGGCCCCUCAGCCGCCCUCGACCCCUCCGAAGCGCCCACUGAUCCAGCCCUCGAUGCUGGAGACGGCCAGAAGAGCCCUGCAGCCUCCGUCGUCCUCGGGCCCCCGACCGGCUCUGAAACCUGCUCCUCUCAGCCCCGCCAAAGCCGCCCUGACCCCGCCCGCCAGUCCACAGGCCCCGCCCACGGAGCAGCCACGCCCCUCCAACGGCUUCCACAACCUGCCAUCUCCGGUGGGGGCGGAGCCUGGGCCCUGGCUGGAGGUGGGCUCUAUGGUGGAGGUCAAUGACCCGCCCCUCUUCGGGGUCAUCCGCUGGAUCGGUCAAAUCAGCAGCAUCUCAGAGCCGGUGGCUGGAAUAGAGCUGGAUCAGGAGCUGUCUGCUGCGACAGAUGGCAGUUAUCUGGGCGAGCGUUAUUUCCGCUGCGCUGCUAAUAAAGGGCUGUUCGUCAAGCUGAGGAACUGCAGACGAGACUCCAGGUUUCCUGAACCUGAGCUGCCCACCAAUCAGGUGGAUCGCUGUAACUCCAUCGCCUUUGCUAACUGGAGCAGUAAGCGUGUAGAGGAGCACACCCCCCCUGUCUCCGGUCCAGACGCCCGACUCAUCUACGAGGGCUUCAAGAAGGGCAUCCAGGGUCACCUCAACUCCUGUUACCUGGACGCUUCUCUCUUCAGCAUGUUCUCGUGCUGCAGCUCGUUCGAUUGGCUGCUCUUUUGGCCGACCGAGGCUCAGAACAAUCCCAUCAGUCAGAGCGCUCAGGACCUGCUGCGCUGCGAGAUCGUCAACCCUCUGAGACGGUAUGGAUAUGUCUGUGCCAGUAAAACCAUGGCUCUACGUAAACUACUAAAAGCAGAGACUGCAGAUUCAGGAUUUACCAACGAGGAGAAAGAUCCAGAAGAAUUCCUCAACCAGCUUUUCCUGCUUCUCCGGGUCGAGCCCCUGCUGAAGAUCAGGUCUGCGAUUCAGAAGGCCCAGGAGUGUUUCAUCUAUCAGCUCUUUCCUCCGUCCGUGUCUCUGUCGUCUCCUCCGGUGUCUCCGGUGUCUCCCGCUCUCUCUCCGCUCGUGUCUCCGGGGCUGCUGCGUGUGUCCAGCGUCCAGACUCUGCUCGAGUCCUCCUUCAUGCACUCAGGACUCAAACUCACGGAGGCUCCGUCUUGUUUGCCGCUCCUGAUGCCGAGAUUCGGGAAGGAGUUCAAGAUGUUUGAUGUCAUCCUCCCCUCUCUGAACCUGGACAUCACUGACCUGCUGGACGAGACUCUGCGUCAGUGCAGUAUCUGUCAGUCUGUGGCUCAGUGGGAGUGUCUGCAGUGUUACGAGGAUGUUGACAUCACACCUGGACAGUUAAAACAGUACUGCAACACCUGUAACACACAGGUUCACACUCAUAAGAAGCGUCAGACGCACCGGCCGCUGGAGGUGCGGGGGCCCCGGGGUGGCUGGGAAGGGCCGGUUCACGGGGCCCGGCAGCUGAUGGAUCUGUUCGCCGUCACCUGCAUCGAGACGAGUCACUACGUCAGCUUCGUCAAACACGGCCCCGGGGCCACCGACUGGCUCUUCUUCGACAGCAUGGCUGAUCGAGAGGGAGGGGAGAACGGCUUUAACGUGCCUCAGGUGCGCUCGUGUCCGGAGGUUUCUCAGUAUCUGAGUCUGUCCGUGGAGGAAGUGUCUCGUCUGGACGCCGCGUCUCUCCGAGAUCCCGUCCGUCGUUUGCUGUGUGACUCUUACAUGUGUCUCUAUCACUGCCCACAGCUCUCACUCUACAAAUAACACACAGCACUGCAGAGCGGUGUCUCUGUAAAUAGUUGUCUUUGAGAAGAGUUUUUCACAGAAUGCUGUCUAUGUUUAUGUAUGUUUACAGAUGUAAAUUGUUUAAUUUUAUAAAAAAGAAACCGUG